GGCUGGGCGGCGGGGCGGCCCCACGGCUGCGAGCAGUGCGGCAAGGCGUUCGCGCAGGCGGCCGCCCUCGCCAAGCACCGCCGUGUGCACACCGGCGAGAAGCCUUACCGGUGCCCGGUGUGCGCCAAGGCCUUCGCCCUCUCCUCGGGGCUCGUCCUGCACAAGCGCACGCACACUGGCGAGCGCCCCCACGCCUGCCCGCUCUGCGGCAAGGCCUUCAUCUCCUCCUCGCACCUCGCCCUGCACCUCCGCUCCCACACGGGCGAACGCAGGUACCAGUGCCCCGUGUGUGGGAAGCUCUUCCUCCAGUCCUCCCACCUGGUGCGCCACAAGGCCAUCCACACCGGCGAGCGGCCCUUCAAGUGCGAGGACUGCGGCAAGCACUUCGGGCGGGCAUCGCACCUCAAGACGCACCGGCGUGUGCACACAGGCGAGAGGCCCUUCAAGUGCACGCAGUGCGAGAAGGCCUUCACGCAGAAGGCCGGGCUGGUCCUCCACGUCCGCCUGCACACUGGGGAGAGGCCCUACAAGUGCGACAGGUGCGGGAAGAACUUCCGCUCCUCCGCACACCUCGUGUCGCACCAGCUCCUCGAGUCCGGCGAGAGGAACUUCAAGUGCUCCACCUGCGGGAAGGCCUUCAAGCAGGCGUCGUCCCUGAAGCAGCACCUGAAGACCCAUGAGGCGCGCGAGCCCCACUGCUGCUCGGUCUGCAGCCGAGCCUUUUCCAGGUCCUCUUACCUCCAGCUGCAUAUGCGGACGCACAGUGGGGAGCGGCCCUACCACUGUCUGGUUUGCAACCGAACAUACGCCAAAAUUUCCACCUUCGAGAAACACUGUAAAAAGCACCAACAGGACGAAGAGAGACCUGAUGCUAGGCCCAGGUCAAUGACUACCCGGGCAAAAGCAUUGGCUGAAAGGAAAAGGCGGGAACAGAAACAGCAGCACCAGGAGGACCUCGACAGCAGCCUCGAGCAGCCUCACCAGGCUGAUCCAAAGCACGAACAGGAGGAAAGGCAGUAAAAGUCACUAAAAUGAGGACUGUUUGUUGUCGUCCUCGCUGUGGCCACAGGAGGAAGAGCGGCUGGCUUGAUUUUCAUGAAAGGAAAGGAUGUGCCACAGCAGCGUUAUUCCAGAGAGCGUUCCCAAACAGAAUCACUUUCCUGACUAGCGAUGCAAUGCGAACGCUUCUCUUUGGCAUGGCAGAUAACUGCCUAUUUGCUGAUGCUCCCGGUGGUCGGCGUCACGUGCCGGGCUCUGUGGUUGCAGAGGAAUUUCAUACAGUUUGAGAGUUCUGGUGGUUUUGUUGUACGUGAGUGGCGUUUUCUAGGGUAGAUUUCCAGAGGUUCCUGAGCAACCAAAACAGCUGCUUUUAUGGAGGUUGGAAAAAAUAUUUCUUUAUACACGAGAAGCAAAUUAAGUUGUAGUCUUUUAAAUGAAAGUGAAGAUUUUGUGGAAGAUGGGGGGCGGGAGGCGCACCUACAGAAAAUGGAUUUGUACUACCUUUUUUUGGCCUGGUGCCAACAGUGGGUUUAAGAAGUAAGCAGGAAUUUAUCCUGUAAAGCGCAAUUUGUUUUUAAACGCACUGUAAAUAGCCAGAGGAUAGCAUCUUUGAGCCUUUUCCCUUUUUCUCAGUGUUCAUUGCAGCAAUGCAUUGUACUUAAUAACCAGAUAACGCUGUGUAUGAAAUAAUUCUAAGGCACAGCACGUUUCACUGUGAUGUUGCCAAAGAGCAACUUUAUUCACCUUACUCAAAACUAAUGAGGGCAAGUGUCAAAAAUCUGUAAUUCAUCUUAAUUUAAAUGAGUUUAGCAUUCAAAAUGCCAACUUGUAGUAAAGCUGCAAGAAUGAUUUUUUUUGAAGUGAUCUUUUUGGAAUGUAAAUUGUGGUAACGAAGGAAUUCUAAACCCUGCCUUCUUCUGAAUUAACAAAUUGCUGUAAUUGGUUAGCUAGCCAGUUGUCAUAUUGAGGGAAUGACAUGGGAUACCAUGAAACGAUUGCUGUCAGAUAAGAAUAUUUUGAAUUUAUCCUGAUGUGUUAGGUCAGACUUAAGUGAGUAGUAAAUAUCUUUCUAAAAUAGACAAAAGCUGCCUUUAUCGCAGCAAUGUUCUUUGUGAGCCAGCACUUUGCACCGAAUUUUAUAAGCUUUAUGUCAUUUUAACAACAGUACUAUGAGGCUACUUUAAGCCUUUAUCGCUUAUGUUACCCAGGAAUUCAUUAAAGCAGAAAAAAAAAGGAAUCAGUGAGUUCAUUUUAAGUACACGUUCCCAAUUUUCUGCAUUGAGUUCUUGACUUUUUUAAACUAUAUUUUCCUGCCAUUGUGUGAAAACACAUAUUUUGCACCUUAAGGAUCUUUUAGGAAAGGCACUUGGUUCUGAUUUAUCUAGUGCAUUCACAACUAUAUAGUUUAAGGCAGAAAAAGAAUUUUCUGAAAGCUUGCACAUUUAAAAUAUUGCAGUGUAUCUGGUCAGAAAUCAUGAUAGCUGAAUUCUAUCUAGUAACUAAUUUACAGGUAACAAAACUGCAAUGAAUAAUUCUCUUUUUGCACUUCAGAAUUUACUGGAUGCUGCAUAUACUAAGAUAAAACUCUUUAAGUUAUAUAAAAUUGAUGUUUAUAUCCAGCUGGUUAAUAUACCUGUAAUAUUUACAUGGUCAGAUAUUUCACAUGAGAUGUUUCUAAGCCAGAGUUUCUUGUCAUGACAAAGUCUAAUGUAAAUUUUUGCUACAGUCUUUAGAUUUUGUUUUGUGACCAAUUGUGUGAUUUAGGAGGCAGCCGGCACACUGGGUUUUAUUUCCAGUUCUGUUAGGCCUGUGCUAUGUAAGCAGAGUUCUAUUUUUUUUGUAUUUCGAUACAUGUUAUUAAAAUAAUAUACACCACA